AUGUACUACAUGUGACUAUAAGUCAUUCUUUGGAUAUUCAUGCGAGUAGAAGGACUCGCUUUGCUCCAGUGGGUCUUUUUUACUGUCUUUCGGCCGUUAUCCGUACUCAGGAAAGCUAGUAACGAAGUACUUAUCUACUGGGCUGUAGAGACCCUCGGGGACUAACAGUCCACCAGCAAUACAAAAUAGAUAGUUGGACAUACCAGAGGUGGGAUCAGGUGCCUUGGAGGAGUAAGUAUCAAGUGACAAUAUAGUCGACCAGAAAUAUAGGGAAAUGAUUAAACAUAAUUAAAUUUAAUGAUUUUGUUAUAAACGUAUAUAUUUGAAGAUAAUGAUUCUAAUAUUUUUUGAUAACAUGUAUUUACAUUUUUUAAACUCGUAAUGAAUAUUCAAAUGUUUUGGUGAACAGCUUGUGAUCAAUAUCAAAACAAUUGUAUAUUCAUGUUCCAAUUAAAUUGUGUGAUUUAUAUUUUCAGAUUUUAAUCGAACAUUUGGGGACAUAUAGUCUUUGGUCUGUCCAUUUGUCUGUUUGUUUCGCUGUUUGACCGCAAAAACGUUAACCUUGGUUAUAAAAUGGUUAAUGAUACGGGGAUAAAUUGAUGCAAUUUUGUCAUAUAAAAGGGUUGUUCAUUAAAACUAUUAAAGAAUAGUGAUGCAAUAAACUAUUAUCAAUAUUUGGGGACGGGAGUUUAAACGUCGUUGUGACUGCUAAAAGGGAGCAUAUUUCAUAAUGGAAGUUUUUUUGAAAUUUGGGCAAAAACAUUUGGGAGAAAGGAAAGUACCUGCAAAAUGAACCCGCAUAUUUUGAAUCAUUUAAAUACCACAUACGUGUUAAAAAGAUCUUUUUGACCGAAAUUGUAACCGUGAUUAGGUAGCUUUUCUGCGAACUCAGACAAAUAUGGCAAACAAAAUAUCGUUCUGCCAACCAACGUCGACGCCUUCAAUGUGUGGUCUGGGUAAAUUGGUGUAUUACUUUGUUCUUGUUGUCUUUUUGUUGACAAAUAUCCAAAAAUAUGCCUAUGGGAACCUCGUAUAACAACAAGAGUAUGGUUGGCCAAAACAUAUGCUUCCAUCCUAAGACUUUUAGUGUAUACAGUUGUCAGUAUAAUCAUCAUUUGUACACCAGUGAUUCUCUCCUACUUACGAACAAGGCGGUUCAGGGGACUUGCAUCUUCCCAAAACUUUGUGUGCAGGGAGUAUUAGGAAGGAAUUGGAAUUCUGGGAAAUCCACGAAAAUUUGCUGCGGCCCUGUUGCUGGAAAACUCUGUAUAGCGAUGAUGACGAUUGUGAAGCAUAUACCAUGAUCAGGAAAGUUGAUUGUACAGUGAACCCUAAACCAGAUCUAGAUACAGAGCAAAUGAAUAUCUGGAAUCGAGAGAGAAAAAUCAGACACGGAAUAUGGGACAUUUUGAAUAAGCCUGCAUCAAGUAUCAUUGGAAAGAUCUGGUUCACUCUGGUCUUUCUCUCCGUCACGGUCUCCAUAGUAGUCUUCGGAUUAUCGACAACAACCAUCUUGCGAUCGUCAAUACUACAUUCCCAAAAUACGACUAACAUGGACGGGGAAACUAAACUGUAUACAACGACCACCCUGCAUAAUGGCAUGAUUUGGACGGAUUUCGCCACCAACUUGAUUCUGUUCGUAGACUUUUUUCUUCGAUUUUACUCCUGUUUGAAAAAGAAGAAAUUUGUGUGUAACAUUUUGAACUAUAUUGAUUUAUUGGUUUGCAUUUUAAUCUUUCACAUAACAUACAGAGAAAUGAAUCCAUUGAACGAUCAUAAAAAGAUUGUCAGCGGGCAAAUUGUCUUCAGAUAUGUCUACGCACUGAGAGUUCUACGGUUAUUCCGACUCUUAAUGCAUACUAGAGGAAUGAAAAUUAUCAAACUUUGUAUAAAGGCGAACUUUGUUGAAUUCCUAUUUUUCAUCGCUCUCUUUCAUUCGUUUGCGUGUAUUUUUGCGGCAGUGAUGUAUUUUGCCGAGCUGGACUACGCCAACGGAUUUACAGACUUCUUUGAGUCGGUAUGGUGGGCAGUGAUAACUAUCUCGUCGGUCGGAUACGGUGAUAAAGUUCCGGAAUCAAUUAUUGGUCACGCGAUCGGAAUACUGGCGGCUUUUUCCGGAAUCUUGAUUGUGUCGAUACCUAUUGUUGUAAUUUCGACAAACUACGGGAGUUAUUACAAUUGCUAUAAAAUGAUAGACAAGCAUAGGAAAACCAAUUUGUUAUCAAAGAAAACACCAGCAACAAAUAGUAUUAUGUUCAAUCAAUGAAUUUAUACCGACGCCUCUCUAGCACAUAUAUUGUCUUGCUUCUUGACAAUUGAAAUUAUCGAUUUUUAUAUACGAAAUACUGUCAAGCAUUUAUUUGUUGUUUUCCUGUCUGUGUACAAAUAUGAUUGUGAACUUUUAAAAAAGAAAAAUAAAUGUAUCAUGCAGCUGUAACAUUAGCGAGAAACUUAUGAUACCGAGACACAAGUAUGCGUAUGUCGGAUGAUAGAUUUUCUGGAUAGUAGGACGCCACAUCGUACGGCGGCGUAGAAAGGCCAAGUAAAAAAAAAAUAUUAUUCGUUCGGACGAAUUAGUAAUUCGUUCGGACGAAUUAGCUAUUCGCCGUAACAUCGCUAUAACACAAACGUCAAUGAAUGUUUAUAGGUCAAACACAAUGGAAAUAAUCUACACUAUAUGUAUAUGUACAUUUCGUCGCCUUUGUAACCAGAUGACCUUAAGAAUUGAUUGUAUUAUCGAUUAUAUUGGUCUUGCAUUAUCUUUAUCGAUUAUAUUAACCUUAAUUACCGAUUAUAUUAUCAACCUUACAAUGUAUGUGAGUGAUGCAGGCCUGUGGAAUCGCACUGAUCAUAUUUAGUCAUUUUAGCUGAUGUAAUUAUCUGUGCCUACAUUGCAAACAAAUACAUAAAGGUCAUCAUGUUUUGUACGACCUUUAUGAGUAAAACUCGCGAUACUGUUAUUCCAGUACCUGCAUCACCCAUAGAUGAUUGGCAGUUGGGACAGUUUUGUUACCAAAAAUGUACACUACUGCAGCUGCGUCUAUCACAGCGCAGUGGUAUCAAUAAUUCUGAAAACGUACCCAUUUAAUAUAUAUAUAUACGUUUGUAUUUGUCAAAAGCAGAAGAGAACCUGGUAUUGUAUUUGAAUGUUGCUGAGUUCGUGUUAGAAAUAAACUCUGAAAACAAC